AUGUCCGAUCGACAGUCUUCCGACUCAGUAAAGGGCGCGUCUCAUCAGGACGGAGAUGGCGAAAUGGCGCUCUUGCCUUUGACCGAGACGUCGCCUGAUGAAGGCGACGAAGGCUUUCUAUGGCACGCCACAUCCACACCCACACCUAAACCGAGACGGAGGCUGGUGGCCGCCUUGCUCGUGUCUUUCCUGUGCCUCUCGUUCAUAGGCGUUGCCGUUUACCUCUCCCUGAGACGGCCCUGGGUUGCUGAUCCACGUCGCUGGAACGGGGAAACGUUCAAGUCCAUCAUCACCUUUGGAGACAGCUACACUGACGAGCGUCGAUGGCGGUAUUUUCACGACCACAACCUCACCUCUCCUCCACCGGGUACUCCGCUGGAAGAGAGCUACUCCACGUAUUCUGGCGGUCGAACUUGGCCGCGUUAUGUUGUCCAAUAUACGGGAUUGUGA